AAUGACAGCCUCUUGGAUAGCAAAUAUUUUCCUGGUACUCAUCUUUGUUCCACAAUUUGAGGGUCAAGGAGUUUUUAAUGAAAACUAUGUAGAAGAAAAUAUGAGAAUUAGCGAACGGAAUGCUGAGAAACUCGAGGAUCAAUUUGUGUCUUUAACGGGCGAAGAUCAGAGCAACGAGCAAGAUAUGGUGUUUAAACCAAACUAUGUUCACCACUAUGGAGGUCGGAGAUAUCAGAAACAAAUGUUUAAACCAAACUAUGACCCCCACCAGAAUACUUUAACGGGCGGAGGUCAGAGAUAUCGAAGAAAAAAAGAGUUUAAACCAAACUAUAACUCCCACCAGAAUAUUUUAACAGGCGGAGGUCAGAGAAAUCAGAAAAGAAAAGUGUUUGACCACUACCAGGAUACUUUAACGGGCGUAGGUCACAGCAACCAGAACAAAAUGCCGUUUAAACAAAACUAUGGCCCUCACAAUGAAUAUUCUGACAACCAAGAAAAACCAUUAACCUGGAGGAAAAAGGGAAAAAACUAUUUCAUCAAUUUUAAUUUUAACGGUAACGAAAAUCGCAGAAAAUCCUUGAAUAAAAAUUUAAGAUAUCAGCCCUAUAAAGAGUCAAACCCAUAUAAAGAUUAUUCACGCUAAGGCAAAUUUAUCUAGAUAUUGUUUUGUUUACCUCCAAUACCAAGCCAAUAUGUUAACUCACAGGUAAUAAAAAUAACACUUUUUGAUUAUUCAUUCAAUAAACAAAUAAAUAAACCCAAAAUAAAGCAAA